GCGACGACGCACCCGAACCACCCCACGAAUCUUACCACGAGAUAAUCAGUCAAAAUGUCCAAGCGCGGUCGCGGUGGAGCCUCUGGUAACAAGCUCAAGAUGACCCUGGGUCUGCCCGUCGGUGCUGUGAUGAACUGCUGCGAUAACUCGGGAGCCCGAAAUCUCUACAUCAUCUCGGUCAAGGGUAUCGGCGCGCGUCUGAACCGCCUUCCGGCCGCCGGCGUCGGCGACAUGGUGAUGGCGACCGUCAAGAAGGGAAAGCCGGAGCUGAGGAAGAAGGUUAUGCCCGCGGUUGUCGUCCGACAGAGCAAGCCGUGGAGGAGGGCAGAUGGCGUGUACCUCUACUUCGAGGAUAAUGCUGGUGUGAUCGUCAACCCCAAGGGAGAAAUGAAGGGCUCCGCUAUUACUGGUCCUGUCGGAAAGGAAGCUGCCGAGCUCUGGCCGCGUAUCGCGAGCAACUCCGGCGUGGUGAUGUGAGAUGUUUCUUUUCCGGCUCUUCGACAUUCAUGGGUUCACGGAACGGCGAAAUGCAUUCAUGGGGU